UUCCGGUUCGUGUCACGGCUAACUUGACCAUAUUUAGCUGGCUUGUGGCGAAGGAAGCCCCGCAUACUUCAUCUGUCAGCCCGGUGCCUCCGAACUCUUCUUCCCACGGAUACUUGGGGGACUUGACAGCCGGAUUGUUUUCGCCACUACCGCCGGGCUCGGAGCUGCUGAAACGACGCCGUCUGGGAAACAACUUUUACGUGUUUUGUUUGGUUUUAGUCCCUAAUUGUAACCGACCGUGGUCGCUAGCUGACCGGCUAACGUUAGCCGCCACUAAUGUGUGUGUGUGACGCGACGUUAGGCUAAUAGGCUAAGACUAAUUACGGUUAAAACAAAUCCAGUUAAAACUUGGUUUGGACUCGCUGACAUGGCUGCCGUGACGUCCUGACAGCCGCUCCGUCCGAACCGGACACUUUUUUACAAGCCGAGCUAGCUCGCUGGCUGGCUGGCUAGCUCCGCUCCACGCAGAGGCGCCGCUCUCGCUUGCUGGCUGUCCGUGGUGAGUGGACCGAGCUCGGGACGCGUCCGUGCGCUACCGCCCGCUGAAAGAGGGGCCUGCGUCUUGACGGAUACCGGCGAGGCCGGGGGGGAGCCCUGCCGCUCCGCGGGGGGACAGCCGAGGGAGACACCGGGCGGAAAGGAGGGAGACCAGACGUUUGACAACUGUGAUCCGGGAAGUAAUCCGGGCUGUGACCUCAUGAAUGGAAAUCGGAACUACAGGAGCCGUUGGGGCCCAGUCCCUGUUCUCCAUGCCUCGACGGCCUGGCUAUGGCACCAUGGGCAAGCCCAUCAAGCUGCUGGCCAACUGCUUCCAGGUGGAGAUCCCCAAGAUGGACGUCUACCUCUACGAGGUGGACAUCAAGCCUGACAAGUGUCCCCGGCGAGUCAACAGGGAGGUGGUGGACUCCAUGGUGCAGCACUUCAAGGUCACCAUCUUUGGGGAUCGCAGGCCGGUCUACGAUGGCAAGAGGAGCCUGUACACGGCCAACCCUCUGCCUGUGGCGCCCACGGGGGUGGACCUGGACGUCACUCUGCCGGGGGAGGGCGGCAAAGACCGGCCCUUCAAGGUUUCCAUCAAGUUUGUGUCCCUGGUCAGCUGGCACAUGCUGCACGAGGUGCUGACGGGCCGCAGCGUGGCCGAGCCCCUGGAGCUGGACAAGCCCAUCAGCACCAACCCCGUGCACGCGGUGGACGUGGUGCUGCGACACCUGCCCUCCAUGAAGUACACGCCGGUGGGACGCUCCUUCUUCUCGGCCCCGGAAGGCUACGACCACCCCCUGGGCGGAGGGAGGGAGGUGUGGUUUGGCUUCCACCAGUCCGUGCGCCCCGCCAUGUGGAAGAUGAUGCUCAACAUUGACGUGUCGGCCACCGCCUUCUACAAGGCCCAGCCCGUCAUCCAGUUCAUGUGCGAAGUGCUGGACAUCCACAACAUCGACGAGCAGCCCCGCCCCCUGACCGACUCCCACCGGGUCAAAUUCACCAAAGAAAUCAAAGGUUUAAAGGUGGAGGUGACGCACUGUGGAACCAUGCGCAGGAAGUACCGUGUCUGCAACGUCACCCGCAGACCCGCCAGCCAUCAAACGUUCCCUCUGCAGCUGGAGAACGGCCAGACGGUGGAGCGUACCGUAGCCCAGUACUUCAGGGAGAAGUACAGCCUGCAGCUCAAGUACCCGCAUCUGCCCUGCCUGCAGGUGGGCCAGGAGCAGAAGCACACCUACCUCCCCCUAGAGGUGUGCAACAUCGUAGCCGGGCAGCGAUGCAUCAAGAAGCUGACGGAUAAUCAGACCUCCACCAUGAUCAAGGCCACCGCUCGCUCUGCACCCGACAGGCAAGAAGAGAUCAGCCGGCUGGUGCGCAGCGCCAACUACGACGCCGACCCUUUUGUCCAGGAGUUCCAGUUCAAAGUGCGCGACGAGAUGGCUCACGUGACGGGGCGAGUGCUGCCCGCCCCCAUGCUGCAAUACGGCGGCAGGGUGAGCACAGAGCACUUUAUGAAUCGCACCGUAGCCACGCCCAGUCACGGCGUGUGGGACAUGCGGGGCAAGCAGUUCCACACGGGGGUGGAGAUCAAGAUGUGGGCCAUCGCCUGCUUCGCCACGCAGCGCCAGUGUCGAGAGGAGAUCCUCAAGGGUUUCACUGACCAGCUUCGGAAGAUCUCCAAGGACGCCGGCAUGCCCAUCCAGGGCCAGCCGUGCUUCUGUAAGUACGCCCAGGGGGCCGACAGCGUGGAGCCCAUGUUCAGGCACCUGAAGAACACCUACGCUGGGCUGCAGCUCAUCAUCGUCAUCCUGCCUGGGAAAACCCCCGUCUACGCCGAGGUGAAGCGUGUGGGCGACACGCUGCUGGGCAUGGCCACGCAGUGCGUCCAGGUGAAGAACGUGGUGAAGACGUCUCCUCAGACCCUGUCCAACCUCUGCCUCAAGAUCAACGUGAAGCUGGGAGGCAUCAACAACAUCCUGGUGCCGCACCAACGACCAACCGUGUUUCAGCAGCCAGUCAUCUUCUUGGGAGCCGACGUUACACACCCGCCUGCCGGAGAUGGAAAGAAACCCUCCAUUGCUGCGGUGGUGGGAAGCAUGGACGCCCACCCCAGCAGGUACUGUGCCACCGUACGGGUCCAGAGGCCCAGGCAAGAAGUGAUCCAGGAUCUGGCCUCCAUGGUGCGCGAGCUGCUCAUCCAGUUCUACAAGUCCACACGUUACAAGCCCACCAGGAUCAUCUUCUACAGGGAUGGAGUGUCUGAAGGCCAGUUCAGACAGGUAGGUUCCCAGGUGCUGUAUUACGAGCUGCUGGCCAUCCGUGAGGCCUGUAUCAGCCUGGAGAAGGAGUACCAGCCAGGCAUCACCUACAUAGUUGUGCAAAAACGCCACCACACACGCCUGUUCUGCGCCGACCGUAACGAGCGAGUCGGACGCAGCGGAAACAUUCCUGCUGGUACCACCGUGGAUACGGACAUCACGCAUCCUUACGAGUUUGACUUUUACCUCUGCAGUCAUGCUGGAAUCCAGGGCACCAGCCGCCCCUCCCACUACCACGUGCUGUGGGAUGACAAUUGCUUCACGGCCGACGAGUUCCAGCUGCUCACCUACCAGCUGUGCCACACCUACGUACGCUGCACCCGCUCCGUGUCCAUCCCCGCCCCCGCCUACUACGCCCACCUGGUGGCCUUCCGCGCCCGCUACCACCUGGUGGACAAGGAGCACGACAGCGCCGAGGGCAGCCACGUGUCCGGUCAGAGUAACGGUCGAGACCCGCAGGCGCUGGCCAAAGCUGUUCAGAUUCACCACGACACCCUGAGGACCAUGUACUUCGCAUGAGCUGCAAGAUGCCUCCCUCCGCCUUUUCCAUCCUACACACACACACACACACACGCACACACACACACACACACACACACACACACGGCCAUGCAAGGAUGGCUUGCCAGUCAAAGUCCUCAUACACAUGCAAGUACCCCCCCAUACACACACGCCUCGCCAAUCCAGACCGACACUGUGCAGAGGGCAGCAGGGAAGAGCCCCCCACCCCCCCACACUGGAUUGAGGAUGCAAAUGCUGCUUUCACCUAAAAGACAACUCAGCACUAAUAUGCAACAACCAGCCAACGACGUGGACCUUCUCUCCAUUCUUAGCAGGCCCCCGUUCCUUCCUGCUUGGGGUCCUUUUUAGCUGAGUUCUACACAUACCCCCCACCCUCACCCCACCCUCACCCCACCCCACCCAGGUGUUCUACCAGUCUGCCCCCCUGCCAUCAGCAGCACUUUCACAUUCUCACUUUGUCUUGGUGUGUUUUGUUUUUAGCGGAGGGAGCGGAGGGGAAGGGGGGCAGGGGGGCUCACACUUUGAAGAUUAGGGUUUCAUGUCCCCCCCAGACCCCCCCCCCCCCACCCCACCUGUUCCCUUCCACACUUUUCACAAGCCUGUGAAAUAACCAGUUCCUUGAGCACACUGCCACCUGCUGGCUGCGAGGUGUAACGUUCUCCCUCACGUCAGAUGCCUUGCUAGGUUUCCAUCACCGCCAUCUCUGGAUUCCUUAUUUAAAGUGCAACACUGUUUCUUCUGGAUGAUGUUCUCCUGCUUUUGUCUUGUAAAACUUUGGAAAUAUUCCCAUGGAGGCUGGAGAUGGACAUCAUGUCUCCACCCAGCGCUUUAUUCCACCCUAUGAAGGCUGGAGAUGGACAUCAUGUCUCCAUCCAGCUUUGUAUUCCACCCUAUGAAGGCUGGAGAUGGACAUCAUGUCUCCAUCCAGCUUUGUAUUCCACCCUUUGAAGGUUGGAGAUGGACAUCAUGUUUCCACCCAGCGCUUUAUUCCACCCUAUGAAGGCUGGAGAUGGACAUCAUGUCUCCAUCCAGCAUUGUAUUCCACCCCAUGAAGGUUGGAGAUGGACAUCAUGUCUCCAUCCAGCAUUGUAUUCCACCCUAUGAAGGUUGGAGAUGGACAUCAUGUCUCCAUCCAGCUUUGUAUUCCACCCUAUGAAGGUUGGAGAUGGACAUCAUGUCCCACGUGUGCAAUAAUGGGCUGAAGGACGGGAAGAGCAAAUAGUCACGGACACGUUUGAUUGGUGAGGAGAAGCUUGCAGGCUGUGAGACGCUUUGGUCCAGUUUGGUGCAGGUGAGAUGUUUGAAACUGGAGGGUGCUAUUGUCCUGUGUGCUAAGGAACGCUGGUUUUUCCGGCAGCUUUCCGGCCGCUUUGGCCGUCAGGGGAGGAAGUAUUGAAGUGCCUGGUGGAUGGAAGCUUUCAGUGGUGGCUUCUCACGAUGCUGGUGGAGUGGGUGAAACCAAGGAACGGAGCGGGGAUGGAAUCCCGGUGGAGUGGGUGUGUGUUUGUGGAGGUAGCUGCUAGCUGGGCUUGGACACAGCAGUCUGAAACAAAGCUGGUCAGAUGUCUCCAUAAUAGUUUGAGUCGCUCACCUUAGUCCGAGCCGGCCGGGGUCCCAGACUAGGGGCGGGUCCACGUAGCCGGAAUAAAUCCAGAUUGGCUUCGGAACUAAGAGUCAAGUGGCUGACCGAUGUUGUUGUUCCUGGUUCAAAUCCGUUUCUGGAACGCGGUCGUCAGUCGGCUCCUCUGAAGCUUUGGGGGGCGGGCGUGGGGGCGGCCGUGGGGGCGGGUGUUCCUUUUCCAAAGCCAAGUGCACUAAAUGAGGCGUGUUUUCUGGUUGUGAAUACAGGUGUGGUGCUACUACAACCCAUGUAGAAUCUCAGUUUUUCCGGAGACCGGUGGGCAGGUUAGAAAAGCAGGAAAGCCGAGGGAGGCCCCCCGUCGCCCCGGUGGGUGUCGGAAGGCCCCAAUGCCGCUGUGCACGGCAGACGGCCCCCAGUACCCCGGUGAAUGUGGGGAGGUCCCCGCUGUCCUGGUGGGCGUCGGCCGGCCCCCAUCGCCCGGGUGAGGUGGUAAGGGUGUCCUGGGGGGUGCCUGGGGGGUGUUAACUGGAUGUCCCUUAUGACUCUAUUGGGUUUUGGACAGCCCCCACCAAGUGUCCAGUGAGCUGUAAUGUAGUCUUUUUGCCUCUAAGUGUAGUCUUUAUAAAAAACCAAGCCAGAUCAAAAGUAUAUUUGUAUUUGAAAGUAUGUAAUAAUGCACAGCAAUUAUUUUUGCUAACAGGAAGUGAUUAUUCUUAGUAAUAAAUGUCCUGUCGUGACUCGUGGAUGAAGAACGCGUUUUUCUGAUUGUCGCAAUCGACUGUUGACGUGCGUCGCUGUAAAUGGUCUCGUGUACGUUUGUGCGAGCAGUCGUGGAAACUCGUGACGUGUCUUGACUGUGGUACUGUUAGGGGGAGGGGCCGGGUUGGGGGGCCGGGGCGGACCGCGGCGGACCGCCACCCGCCUCCCAGCAAACCGCUACCACAUGUCAAAUGCUCCUUUUUAUUGAUGUUUGUUCAGAGAGUGAAAAUACUCGGCCCCUGAAUGUUUUUGUUCACCUGGUGCUGUACGCCGCCCCCCUCCGUGGGGGCAAGCGUUGUUGUAGGACUCCUUUCACGUUGAAGUAGGUACCAUUCCUCUUUUUUUUUUUUUCUUUUUCCACCCCCCCAUGCUGGCAGUAGCUACUUGACAUGGCCCAACAGACCUGUGGGGGCGAGGGGGGUGGCUGAAGUGUACUGGUGGUCCUCGGGUUACAGAUGAGUUCUGCACCAAUAAUAAGUCGCUCUCCUAGGGGCGGACCCUUUGUCUUUCAAGGCUGUCCGCCAUUUUAAUAGCGCCAUUAGUUUGCCCACCUUCAUUCAUUUACGGGGCGGCGGUUACCCGAGCGCCGAAGCCCAAGGACCAGCGGUACUUGAGAGGACAACAGGGACGUUGGCUCGUUCUUUCAUUCUUUUGGGCCUCGUGAGAAUUUGGGUGGGUUCUUGUUGACGCCGGACUUGAAUGUUCGGACUUGGCGCAACUCGUUCGGAAGCCACGCUGUCGGCCAUGUUUACAGGCGUCCGGUUGCCAAGUGAGCAGCGGGGGAACCCGAAAGCAGGCGUCCAGGGACCUUUGGCCUUUUGCCCGCUUUUUGUAGAAACCUGAAGAAGUCUCCCUUUAAAGUGGAAGUGGAGGUGUAUUCCACGGAUAGCGUGGAAGCUAGUCAACUGGUGCAAGAAGUCCACGGAAAGUGCCUUUCCUCCUGAUUCUUUUGUUUUUCCUUUGGAUGCCACGCUUCGCACAUCCAACAGGGUCCUGGACCCACCGGUGUCUUUGGCAUCGGCGUUGGCGUGGGGCCGGGAUUAGCACGACACAGCCUGUGAAUGUCAAUCACAGCACAGCACUUUAGAGACCGGCAUUCUCACUCCAGACCCGGCCCACAGUUCUUGUUGGCGACUGUGGGAUGGAUCCACUACCCUGAUGGGUUUCAGAUGGCCCCCACCGCGCUGGCGACUGUACGACGGCCCCCCACUGCCCUGGUGGAUAUCAGUCAGAUGGCCCCCGCUGGCCUUUUGGGUAUGGGAUGGUCCCCGCCACCCUGGGAACUGUACGACUGUCCCUACUACCCAGGUGUGGGUGUCUGAAUGCCCCCGCUACCCUGGUCACGCUUUACUGUGAUGAAUGAGGGACUGCCCCCACUACCUUCAUGAGCUGUGGACCUCCUCCAGUAUCCUGGUGGGUGUCGAAGGCCCCCCACUACCUUAAGAGAUUUCAUGCCCCGGCGUAGGAGAAGGGCGGCUCCCCUGGUUCCGUAGCAGUCGUGGGCAUUUGAACGUCAAUGGUUGGAAGGGGACCUGAAAGGAGCGGUGUCCUUCCGCCACAUCUUCUGGUCCCCGAUGGAGGUGGGCGAGCACGCCCGCCCACCUCCUCCCCAUCUUGAGCCAGUAGGGUUUAGACUGGAAGGGGGUCCUCUCCAGUCCAGGGGGUGUCAAGUCCUCGUUGUGUUUGAUUAGCGGAAACAUUGCACCUCACUUACCUUCUAAUGCUGCAUUGUUGCAUCCUUCUACCACAUCCAACUGCUUUUGUUAUUAUUAUUAUUAUUAUUGUUAUUGUUAUCAAUGUUACCGCAUGUAGUCAUGCCUGAUAUUAUUACAAAUAUUUUACACUCAAGUCAUAAAAAUGAAAAAAAAUGUCUUAACAGUUCUGAGAUUUUUUUGGAGAUAUUUUGUUGUCCUAAAUGUUAUUGAAAUAUAUAUCUAUACAGUACAUCUAUAUAUAUCUACAUCUACAUCAUCUAGAUCUAGAUAUAUGUAUACCAGGCCUAUACGUAUAUGCACAAUAUUUCAUGGCGGAUUUAUGGCUGGAGUUCUUAGCUCCUCCCCCUUCUAUGUUGGCGCCUUAUUCUCGUACAACGCAAGGGCCUUCCUCCUCGACUCCGACAGGCGGCCAUGCUGGACGGCUAGCGGAGUGAAAGGCCUGCAAACUGGGGGGUUAGUGCCACGGCGUCGGUGUCAUUCCACGCCAGCGUUACGCUAGUUCUUACGUCUCCUCGCCGCCCGGCCUUAAAGCAGCCAAAGGCCUCUUUUAGGCUUUUAUUCUGGAAGGACGUUCAUCCAUCCUGCACCACUUUCACCUUAGCCAAGCAGAAAGGGCUUUUAUUUUGCUAGCUUUGAUCAAAUCCCCUAAACGCACCACGGAAGUUUUUAUACUCGUCUACUUUUCAAGCUGGCCCCUGUGGACGUGAUGUCAUUCGUCGGCGACGCGCUCGCUGGCGAAUGACUGCGGCGUCGCCCGUCUGAAACGUUCACAGCAACAGCGGAGUGCCAGCUUUUUACAGCAGACGUAAAGGUGGUUGCCUACAGCCGUGGCCAUUCAUGCAAAUGGUGAUUAUGGCGAAUAUUGCGUACUUUUGGUUUCUGAAUCCUGACGGGCCAAGAAGUGGGAGGAGCCUCACCUGUGCCUGCAUUAUCGUUAUCAUCGAUGGCCAUAUUAUUAGGAACAGUUCGCCAGUCAUCACCUUUACUAAAGAUUGUACUUGUUUUUGUUUUGUUCUUUUUAAUCUGAAAUAUGGUCACUGUUGUUCCAAAGUCUCUUUACCCCCCCCCCCCAAUAAAAAUGUCAGCAUUCCAGUAAGGACUUUGAACCAAAUAUUGCAAAAGAGAUUAGCAUCCCGAUGCUUGUCCGUCGCCAAGGAAACGCUGACUGACGAUUUGGGAUAUGUGUUAGCAACGUAGCAUCUCUGACGUCACUUAAGGGGGCUGGUGGGAGGGUGGGGGGGGGGGG